ACGUGAGCUCCUUACUGCAUAGGAAAUGUCAGUACUAUCCCCGGAUCUUUUUGCCCUUAAACCGAGUCCUAUAUGAGUUCCGGUAAGGCGGAGGGAUCCGGGAUUGCUCGGUUGUACUGUGACGUUUCACAUGCGGCUGUGGCUCUACUAGGCAGGAAAAUUGCACAUGCGUAGUGGCUGCCCAUAGCUUGUCUCCUUUCUUGCCCCUCCCUCGGUACUUCACACGCUCAUUGUCAAGCGACGGCUGCGGCGGGCGGGUGGUCACGGGGCGCUAGGGACUCUAAUACCUUACGCGCGUGCGCCCUUCGCUUCCUUCAUCUUCCCCUUCCAUUUCCUAUUCCGAGUCUUCCCAGUGUCCUAGGAGCGCGAGAUUCACCUUUCUUUGCUAGCUCUUCUUAGCCUAGGGCUAAUCGCCUGGGUUGGAGUACGCGUCUCUUCUCUCCCUCGAUCCCAGGGGUUUUUACACGCGCGCGCGCGCACUCUGCCCCAACCCCCCUCCCUCUCGAACUGUUCCUUUCGCGCACGCGCGCCGGCUCGCGCCCUCUCUCUCGCUUUCCUCAAGCCCGCGAGAUCCCCCUUCCGCCUCGCGGCGCCUUCUCGCGCCGCCGCCUCCUUGUAUCCCUCACACAUCGGCCCCCCCACCCGCUAACGGCGGCGCCCCUUCUCCCCAACCCCCUUCACUCCCCGCGCGCUCGGGCGGGCCCGGCCUCAGCCCAGUCCUACCCCCCCCCCAACUCCCCUUCCGGACGCCGCCACCAUGUUGAAGCCGCAGCCGCCUCAGCCAUCUCAGCCCCAGCAGACACCCAUCCAGCAACCGGCACCAGCACGCCGGCCUCCCGGGGGUACCAGCCCCCCCAACGGAAGCCUCGGGGGGACUCCAGCCUCUGCUUCGGCCCCGGGGCCGCCCACUGCUGCUUCCCCGGGCCUAGGGCCUCCUCCUGCUGGAGGCAGUGGGAUCCGCCGGGGAGGUGAGGGGGUUCUGCCGCCACAGCCGCCAACACAUCAGCAUCAGGAGCGGCCCGGGGGCGCUGCUACUGGCAGUACCAGGGGACAGAGCACAGGAAAGGGGCCCCCACCAUCACCUGUAUUUGAGGGUGUCUAUAAUAAUUCUAGGAUGCUUCACUUCCUUACUGCUGUUGUGGGCUCCACUUGUGAUGUAAAGGUGAAAAAUGGUACCACAUAUGAAGGUAUUUUCAAGACUCUGAGUUCAAAGUUUGAGCUAGCAGUGGAUGCAGUUCAUAGGAAGGCUCCUGAGCCAGCAGGUGGUCCCCGUCGAGAGGACAUCGUGGAUACCAUGGUGUUUAAGCCAAGUGACGUGAUGAUGGUCCACUUCCGAAAUGUUGACUUCAAUUAUGCCACUAAGGACAAGUUCACAGAUUCUGCCAUUGCCAUGAACUCAAAGGUGAAUGGUGAACACAAGGAGAAGGUGCUACAGCGCUGGGAGGGAGGUGAUGGCAACAGUGAUGACUAUGACCUUGAAUCUGAUAUGUCUAAUGGAUGGGACCCUAAUGAAAUGUUCAAGUUCAAUGAGGAAAACUAUGGAGUAAAAACAACUUAUGACAGUAGCCUCUCUUCUUAUACAGUCCCCUUGGAGAAGGACAACUCAGAGGAGUUUCGUCAGCGGGAGCUCCGUGCAGCCCAGCUGGCCAGAGAAAUAGAGUCCAGUCCCCAGUACCGCUUACGUAUUGCUAUGGAGAAUGAUGAUGGACGAACAGAGGAAGAGAAGCACAGCUCUGUGCAGCGACAAGGCUCAGGCCGUGACAGUCCCAGUUUAGUGUCCAGGGAUGGGAAAUAUAUUCCUUUACCUCAGAGGAUGCGGGAGGGAGGCCCCAGAGGAGGAGUUCGAUGCAGUGGCUCCAGGGGUGGUCGACCUGGCAUUGGUUCCUUGCCUCCUCGGGGUGGCCCCCACCACCCUGACAGCAGUGGCCCCAGUCCUGGUCCUGAGCCCCGUGGCAUCAAUGGAGGUCCUUCCCGCAUGUCCCCCAAAGCCCAGAGGCCCCUUAGAGGUGCAAAGACUAUGUCUUCCCCUAGCAGCCGCCCCCCUGGAGAAACUUCCGUACCACCUCCUACAGUUGGUCGAAUGUACCCGCCUCGUUCCCCUAAGUCAGCUGCUCCUGCCCCAGCCUCGGCUUCCUGUCCUGAGCCACCUAUGGGCUCUGCAGUUCCCACCUCUACAGCUUCCAUUCCUCCAGUUUCAUCCUCUAUGGAACCUGGAGCUGGCCCCAUUUCCCCAACUUCCCCAAAGGUUACAGCUUCUAAUGAUGGGAAAGAAUUACCCCAAAAGGAACCUGGGAGAACUCUGGAGCCACCAGAACUUGCCCGAAUAGCUGGGAAAGCCCCUGGCCUUCAGAAUGAACAAAAACGUUACCAGUUGGAAGAACUGAAGAAGUUUGGGGCUCAGUUUAAGCUCCAGUCCAGUAGUUCUCCUGAGGCCAGUCUGGACCCUUUUUCCUCCCGGGGCCCCAAGGAAAGUGGAGUGGAAGCCAAAGGAAAGGAAAAGGAGGUGGAAAGCCUGCUGACUUCAGAACCCUUGGUGUCCUCUGGCUCCUCCAAGACAGAAUCUCUACCUGAUAAGGAGGAAAAGCUGUCCCUCCCCACAACAGGAGGGACUGAAGGGCCAGAACAGUCCCAGGCACCUCGGCAGAACCAAAUGGGCAGUCCUCCUGGGAGCAUAAGCAAGGGGGAUGACAAGGAAGAGGGACCUGUCACUGAUCAAGUGAAGAAGUCUACAUUGAACCCCAAUGCCAAGGAGUUCAACCCUUCAAAGCCUCUGUUGUCUGUGAACAAGUCAACCAGUACCCCAACUUCCCCAGGUCCCCGGACUCAUUCAACUCCUUCAAUCCCAGUGCUGACAGCAGGCCAGAGUGGGAUGUAUAGCCCCCAGUACAUCUCCUAUAUACCUCAGAUUCACAUGGGGCCAGCCGUGCAGGCUCCUCAGAUGUACCCAUACCCUGUAUCUAACUCUGUGCCUGGUCAGCAGGGCAAGUACCGGGGAGCUAAAGGUUCCUUGCCCCCUCAACGCUCAGACCAGCACCAACCAGCCUCAGCACCCCCUAUUAUGCAGGCGGCAGCAGCUGCAGGACCCCCUUUGGUGGCAGCUACACCAUACUCUUCCUAUAUUUCCUACAAUCCCCAGCAAUUCCCAGGCCAGCCUACCAUGAUGCAGCCCAUGGCCCACUAUCCCUCACAGCCUGUCUUUGCCCCAAUGCUUCAGAGUAACCCGAGGAUGCUGACAUCGGGCAGCCACCCCCAGGCCAUCGUCUCAUCUUCUACUCCUCAGUACCCUCCAGCAGAGCAGCCCACUCCCCAAGCCCUAUAUGCCACCGUUCACCAGUCCUAUCCACACCAUGCCACGCAGCUCCAUGCCCACCAGCCGCAGCCAGCCACCACCCCUACUGGGAGCCAGCCGCAGUCCCAGCAUGCGGCCCCCAGCCCUGUCCAGCAUCAGGCAGGGCAGCCACCACACUUGGGUAGUGGGCAGCCACAACAGAAUUUAUACCAUCCAGGUGCCUUAACAGGCACACCACCGUCUCUGCCACCGGGACCCUCUGCUCAGUCCCCUCAGAGCAGCUUCCCUCAGCCAGCUGCAGUCUAUGCCAUCCAUGCCCACCAGCAGCUGCCGCACGGCUUCACCAAUAUGGCCCAUGUUACCCAGGCCCAUGUCCAGACUGGAAUCACAGCAGCCCCACCCCCCCAUCCUGGGGCUCCCCACCCACCCCAGGUGAUGCUGCUGCACCCACCCCAGAGCCAUGGGGGUCCACCUCAGGGGGGUGUACCCCAGAGUGGCGUGCCUGCUCUUUCUGCUUCCACACCUUCACCCUACACCUACAUCGGACACCACCAAGGUUUGGGAUCUGGAACAUUUCCUUAACCACUUCAAAAAAGUUGUGCAGCAAAUUGGCAGCACUGGAAGACUGAGAAGUAAAGGGAACCAACUACUAGAGUAAAUGAGAUCAAGCAAGCAAGCAUUUACUAGGUACCAGCUAUGUGCCGUGCACUCCCCUGGUCACUGAGGGCUAUAAACACUUGUGUACUGAUGCCCUACUGCCCCUCAACACUCACUUCCUGACUUCACCAGCUUGGCAGGGUUCCUUUGUGCCCUUUUCUAGGCGGGCCCUGCAUUCCCUGUUGCUCAUUUGCCCAUUUCAUAGGCCCCUUCAUUCCCCUUCCUCCUAUAACCCUUUUUAUGACUUUCCUUUUCUUCCUCUAACCCUAGUCCCGUCCCAUGCUGUGCCCCACUCCCUACCCCCGUGUCAUUCGACGGGCCCCUCCCCCCCUCCCUUUUCCUUUCUGGGUAUCCAACCUUGCCUCCUCUCUCCCGGGCCCUCCAUCACUCCCCGGGGUCCCUGGAUCCUCCCCCCUCCAUGUCCCUCUUUCCUCAGCUGACUCUCCCAGUCCUCCCAUCGGUUCUGCUCUGUCCUGGGAUCUAGGGGACACUCGGCCUCUUCCCGCCCCGCCCUGCUUUUCUAACCACUGGGGUCUGGUCGCGAUGGGUCGCUGCCAUCGCGACGAGAAGCGGGGGAGGGGACCGCAGGAGUGAAAAGGAACGAGACAUACUUUGCAGUUGAGGUGGAAAGGUCACAAGGCAUUAGAGGUAACAACCUCCCGUGCCUCUAUCCGGAAGUGACAUCAUGUAAAGGCGAGCAAAAACUAGAUUGGAGAGGUUUCCAAGUUUUUCGGCUGAGCGAGGUACCCGGAAGAAGCCUGAAGACCAAAGUUCCAGGGUCAGGACGGCUACCAGGUCCCACAAUGCAUCGCCAGGGAAACUGCCCCACCCCCACCGUGGCCUCAUGGGAUUUGUAGUCAUUUCCUGAGACCAUGCUUAAAAGGAUGUGAAGCUAAGCUGGAGGCCUCAGGCUCAGGAUUUCACUAUUGAUAUGAAGUACAACAGGGCCUUUCUUCCCAGACAUCACCCUACUACCCCAGCUGGGUAAUAGGUAUUUCAUACUUGAGGAUUCUAUUAUUAGAGAGCUUCCUUUGGCCUCCACUCCUGGGCCAGUAGCACAUAAAAUUCACACAGAAAUAUUAUUUGUAAGGCCCUGUCUUCUUGAUGAUAGGCUACUCCCUCCCCCCUCCUAAAAUGAAAUUAAGACCAUUAUCUUUUGAGUUACUGCACAUUCCUCCCAGUUGGUUUCCCUACCUCCAACAUCAUUCUCUGAAUCUAUUCACUCUCCUAUCCAUCCAUGGGUUUCAUUCUCAAACACAGCUCUGAUCUCAUGUCUCCUCUGAUCAGAAACCUCCAGGAGCUCUCCAAGGCCUAAAGUGGUGGUGGAAUGGAAAGGGCAAUGACUGGCUUUAGGAGUCAGAAGACCUGAGCUCAAGACCCUUUCUGAUACACUUAGUGUUACCUUUGUAGCUCACCUCAUCAGUUUAUUUGAGAAACACUGUUCACGGUACCUAUGUCACAACAUUGUGAGGAGGAAAGUUUUGAAAACUUUAGAAACAUGAUAUUAAAGUAUAAAGUCUGAAAUUUUUGGUCAAGUUUUCACAGCCCCCAUUAUCUGACCCCUACAAAUUUUGCCUUUCCAACCCCAACUCCCAUUAUUCAUUUAAAUAGACCUUUAAGCUCCCAGCUAAAAUGUUUAUACAUCUUGUGAUUUCUGGUUUAUUUCUCCACCUCAAAUGUCCUCACUUGAUUUCAUCUCUUUGAAGUAAUACUCCCUAGUUCAUACCCCCAAAUCCAUAACCAGAAGCUAAGAAUUCUCAAAAUACUUUGUAUCUUCUCUGACUCUAAAGGAUAAAGACUGGACUUGUGACUAAUAGAUACAGGGAGCUUCCCCUAGAGGGGACUCCUUUUUCCCAAUUCAGGUCAGCCCCUUAAUCUGCAUCUUGGAGCUUUAAGUUGCUUAGAGAGCAGUAGGAGGUUAAGGGACUUGCCCAAGGCCACGCAGUUAACCUGUGCCUAAGGCAGAACUUGAGCCCAAAUGGUUCUGACUUUCUGACCACCUCUCUGUCACACUGGCUUUCACAGCUCUUACAUUCUUAUUUGGGCUCUAUUAUGGAUAGUUUAUGUGCAUGCUUAAUCGGAAAAAAACUGAACACAGCCACAGGAAAAAACCCACGAUUUUUACAAGAGAGUUCUAGUUGGGCAAAGUAGAUAGUGCCGGACCUGGAAUCAGGAGGAGACAGAUUCAAAUCUAUCAGAUACUUCCUAUUGUGGGACCCUACACAAAUCACUUAACCGCAAUUGCCCAACCCUUACCUCUCUUCUGAAUAUUGAUGCAAAAAAUAUUAAAUAUCAGCAAAAUGCUAUGUAAUAUUAAAGAGAUUAUACACCAUGAA